AUGUCAACAGAAGAACGACCUAGAAGAAUAGUUAGAUAUGGCAGCGUAUGGAAAUCUAUUAUAAAUUGGCCUAUCAAUUACGGAUCAUAUCUGUUACUAAAAGUUGAACAUAAAAUAAAACAAAAUAAUAGUUUUAUAGUGGGAGUUAUAUUGAAUGUAUUUACCAUUUUCUUGAAAUUUUUAUAUCACUUUGAUGAUCCAAAUUAUGAUCCUUUAAUCAGUACCAGAUCUUAUCUACGUGUUUGGUUAAAGUUUAUGGAAUGGUUAUUAUUCUUUCUAAGUAUAACAAAUUGUCUAUAUGUGUUUACAAGAACAAAAAAAGAUCAGUUGUUUAGUCAUGACCUAAAUAAAAUUCCUAAAAGUGUAAAUGUUUGGAUUGAAGAUAGUGAUUUAGAACAACCAGAAUGGUCAAAGGAAUUUCCCGGAAGUGUUUUUUAUCUUUUAUUUUACGAAAUAUUUGAAAGUAGAAAAAGUAAUGUUUCUUCACAAGUUUGGAUUCUUAGAAAGUGGGAUCCACAUAUUUACUUUCUUGAUUUAUUCUGGUAA